GUUUUUGGCAUUUUUUUGCUUUUUAUAAAUAGUGUAUGUACAAAGUAGUAAGUUCUCGUGUAAGAUAAGAACAUGUGGAGUUCCUUCGUUUAUCGAUAGAGAAAAAUAUUUUGGAGCUAGAGCAAAAUCGAUUCUCGCCGACGAAGUCUCUUUAAGGGCGUUCGAAGACACCCUUCGUAGGUCUGAGAUUUAUGAUUAACGGGCCCUUUAUUAGUGUCGCAGUACUAAUUAAUAGAUGUAAUAUUCUGGUUCGCCGAAUUCGGUGAAUCUUAUUGUAAUCGUGCGAUCCGAGAACGAGAGCUGUUGAAUGGAGCUGCAACUCAUGAUGGACGGCGCGGAAACUCUGAACGGAGCGAUGUGGUUCGCCAACACGUCGUCUUUCGACCAAAUGUCGCCGAUUCGUCCAAACAGGUGUGACGUUGUAGCCGCUUCUCAACAGACUAUAAUGGGGUACCAUAGUCCGCAAAAUUCUCUGUGGCAAGACAAGCAGAACUCGCCGAAAAAUUCGCCGACUGACAGUGAUCAAAUACAUUUGAACAGCGGCUCGCCGCAACAACUCUCGUCUUCUGGAUCAUCCCCGAAUUAUGAACAGAACAAUCUGAAACGUUGCUCCACGGAACCGUUACAGCGUAUUGCGGAACAGGAGAAGAAACACAUCAGAAGAGAGGGAUCCAUCGGGAGCAAUGGCUCUGCUCAAGGUUGGUCUACGCAAGUGGAGGAACUCGCGGAACACCUCGCCGCUGAUUUCGAUGGAUCGUUAUCCGCUCUCGCGGCUUCUGAUCUCGCAACAGCCGUCGCCUCUUACACUAAUAUGAGCGAAGCCCUCCUCAAUUUGCCAUCGCUGACAGUCUUCAAACAGGAGGCUCCAUCACCUGAAAAUCAGCACAAUAAUCCCAAUUUGAAUCACGUGUCGCAACGAACGAUCGCUACAGCUCCGUCCAACAAUGGGAACGUCGGCACCGUCGAGGCUGACAGCAACAACAAUGGCCAGACCGCCAGUCUUCAUCAACUCUUGUACUCCUCGAACGAAGAGUAUCCGCCAACCUCGAGCGCUAAUCACGUGUCUUCCUCCCAGCAGGGAAACGAAUUCAAUGAGGACUGCCGUUUCCAGUACGUCUUAGCAGCCGCUACGAGCAUCGCCACUAAAGUUAACGAAGAAACACUGACGUAUUUGAACCAGGGACAAUCGUAUGAGAUCAAACUGAAAAAAUUGGGCGAUUUGUCUGCAUACCGCGGGAAGAUUCUGAAGGGACAUCCGACCUUUCUGUUCCAGUCGACGAUACGCAUCUGCUUCCACGAGCGACGACUGCAAUACACAGAACGAGAACAGAUGCUGGCCUGGCAACGCGCUAGACCAGGGGAGAGAUUGCUAGAAGUUGACGUUCCUCUUAGCUACGGGAUGGUGGACGUCUGUCAACCGUCACCGUUCAACAACAGCGUGGAAUUUAUGUGGGAUCCCACGAAAGAAGUCGGCGUUUACAUUAAAGUGAAUUGCAUAAGCACUGAAUUUACGCCGAAAAAGCACGGUGGCGAGAAAGGCGUUCCUUUCCGGAUUCAAGUGGAGACCAGACUGCCAGGAGGUCCACGUUUGCACGCCGCUUCGUGCCAGGUGAAGGUCUUCAAAUUGAAGGGAGCGGACCGCAAACACAAGCAGGAUCGGGACAAGAUAUUGAGACGUCCUCUUCACGAACAAGACAAAUAUCAGCCCAGCUACGAUUGUACCGUUCUUUCCGAUAUUUCUCUGGAAUCUUUAUCGCCUUCAAGCUUGCCGGCGCAAAACGGUGGAAGUCCGUAUGCUUCAACAGAUGCCAUAUCGCCGCAGACACGUGCGACCAUCGGCGGAAAUUCUUCCCCGGUAGUGGCCCCACUAGCACUUUCGGUUUCUAAUUCCGGUAUCGUGCCGCUGGUCCCCGCUUCGGAUGCUGUGAAGGAAAACACGGGAACGGCGCCGGCCUUGCCGUCGCCCGCGGCCAUAUUGCCGGAACAACCUUGCAUCGAAGCUGAUGUUACUUUGGCCGCGCAGAAAGCUUCUUCUCCGCAACACUUAAUCGAGUCUAUGAGAACAGGCGCCCCAUGUCUCAGCGAGCUACCACCGGAUGCGAACGCCACGCAGACAACCGCAUGGCUUCGCGCGAGUCGGUUCAAUGCUUUCGAGUCGACGUUCGCGAGCUUCUCCGCGUCAGACAUUCUGCGUCUGUCCCGGGAGGAUCUCAUCCAAAUCUGUGGGGUGGCAGAUGGCAUUCGGCUGUUCAAUACGCUGCACUCCAAGGUUCCGACUCCGAAACUCACCCUCUACUUCUCGUUGGAAGGCAACGGCUCGCUCUGGAGAGUCACCUACCUCGACAACCUCACAAGCGUCGCGCUGACGAACAAGUUGCUCAACACUCUAAACUUGUCCCAUGAUCGAGUGCAUUCGAUACUGUUCCUAGGACCACAGGGUAUUCACGUGUUGGUCACCGACGAGCUGGUGGCGAACAUGAAGGACGAGAGCAUGUACCUCGUCGAGAUGAUCAAAGAUCCGGCCAGCGAGCGUUAUAAAUUGCUGAUCAAGUCGAAAACCAUUUGAACAAUUUUUGAAAUUUUAUUUUAGAAAGAUCUAAAUAACGUAAGACGCGAAAGAAUCAACUUUUAUGAAAUAGAUAUAUUAUUUGACGAGUAUGUGCAAAAAAAAAGAAAAUAAUUAUCAUGUCUUGUAAAAAAUAGGCAAGAAAGUAUAUAAUAUAGAUUUGAAAGUUUUACAACGGAAAAAAACAUAUAGGUAAUGUGAAAUAAAUCUUGUAAUAUAUUUUA